GUCUUUGUCUUUGAUGUGGGAAGGGAAGACUGGAAAUCCUACGACUGGUCAAAAAUUACCACUGUGGCAGCUUUCGGAAAGUACGAUCCCGAGCUCAUGUGCUAUGCCCACUCGAAAGGUUCUAGGAUUGUACUGAAAGGUGAUGUACCUCUCAAAGAAAUUGUUGAUCCUGCUAAAAGAGCAGCAUGGAUAUCCCAACAGGUGGACCUGGCAAAAAAACAGUAUAUGGAUGGGAUUAACAUAGAUAUAGAGCAAGAGGUUAAUGAAACCUCCCCUGAGUAUUAUGCAUUGACAGAGCUUGUUAAAGAAACUACAGAUGCUUUUCACAGAGAAAUACCAGGAUCACAGGUAACAUUUGAUGUGGCUUGGUCUCCGGCAUGCAUUGAUAGAAGGUGCUACAACUACACUGGGAUUGCAGAUGCCUGUGACUUCUUAUUUGUGAUGUCAUAUGAUGAACAGAGCCAGAUCUGGACAGACUGUAUUGCAAAAGCCAAUGCUCCUUACCUGCAGACUUUAGUUGGCUAUGAAGAGUACAUUUCUAUGGGUAUUGACCCUAAGAAGCUUGUGAUGGGUGUCCCCUGGUAUGGCUAUGACUAUGUCUGCCAAAACCUAUCUACGGAUCAUGUUUGUUCCCUUUCCAAAGUGCCAUUCCGUGGGGCUCCUUGCAGUGAUGCUGCAGGGAAGCAGGUCCCCUAUGGAACAAUCAUGAAACAGGUGAACAGUUCUCUGUCAGGGGUGCUGUGGGAUGAGGUACAGAAGUCUCCAUUUUAUGAAUACAAGGAUUCUCUUGGUCACUUGCACCAAGUAUGGUAUGACGACCCUCGCAGCAUCUCGCUAAAAGCAGCAUACGUGAAGAAUCGAGGCUUAAGGGGCAUUGGCAUGUGGAAUGGAAAUAGUCUUGACUAUUCUGGGGAAGCUGUAGCACAACAACAAACUGAAGCAAUGUGGCAAGCUCUGACACCAUGAGAACUUUGUGAUUAAAACAAUGAAAAUUGGUAAUUAUUUAUUUUGGCUUACACUGUCACAGAUUU